AUGGCAGCAGAGACCAUAAUGAAUACGGCGGAGGAUUUUAGUGAAGGGAAUGUCAAAACUCCCACUAACAUCUACAUCAUGUCGAGCACUGAUUCACUGACGGCAACAACUACAGAAUCAGCUGACGUUUCCACCUCUGUGCUAUUCAACGACUCACUGGAGGAACCAAAUAAGACGAUGGAAACAGAAAAGCCUCUUAAUCAGACGCUGCUUCAGGAGGUCACGACAACUGCAAAACCCACCCGUCCUCCUCCUCACCCCUGUCUCACAGAUAUCGAUGAGGGCGAACCGGAGUUUCAGCGUUACGUGUGUGUGGGGAACGUAGCUGUCUCUUACUUUGCGACCGUUUUCCUGCUCACACUGAUCCUUUUCGGUGUUACGAGUAAGUCCUUUUUUAAAUGUCAAAUGGAAUGCUGAUGCUCCAUCGUUUUUGUAUAUAUCUGUGGUUCACAAAUAACGAGAGAGUGAUAAGUGAAGUGAUGAGAAGUAUUCCAAACAUCUAUUCCAAGUUCAACAUGCGCGCCUUCGCCCUGCUUUACGGAAGGAGGGCACGAAGACCUGGAUGCUUUUUCUAUUGGCAAGACUUAGGCGGACAUAACGCAGGAGGGAGAGGCAAUAAUUUAUAAGUGUAUAUGAAGUAAUUAACUGGUGUAUUACAAAGUCACGCAUUGCCUAUAUUGUCAAAUAUCGCUCGUCCCGUUUGCACAACGGUCCGAUAAUGCAAAUUCCAGUCUUCAGUUAAACUAAAGCACACGUCCAAAUGCAAAAUUCUGAGGCGUCGUAAAAAUUUUGAGUUUUUGGAAAACAUUACCAGGAAGACAGGGGAAGAGUUGGAUCGGAGAGAGAGAGGUAAAACACAUAUCAGGGGUCUGUGCAGUCUCUUUUCAUGUGCUCACUUGAUGCACAACAUAAAACGGCCUUUGGUGACCUCGUCAGAAGACAGAUCUUUAUCCGCAGCACAGCUGUCUAGAAAGUCGGCACGAUCACCUUGGUCAUCAACAUGACGUGUUGCAAUUCAACGUGAUGACACGACUCGCCUUGAUCACGCUUUUGUUUUGGACCCCUUCCACGAAACGCGACCACAUUUUAUAACAUUAAUUCAAAAUUUGGAGUUUGCGCAGUGGUGCUAGCGGCUAACGGAUCAAAUUAGACUCUUCCACUUAUCUCAGCGGUAUCCCUCUAAGGCCUUGUUUACGGCUGAAAAUGCGUACAGGCAGGACACGGAAAUAACUAAUCCUUAUAUAACAGGUGGUCUUACGCUAUAUUCCACGGGGGAUUAGUGCUAGGUUUGUUGUAUAGUUAGGAGGGUUGGAGAAUAGGUGCCCUCCGGAAUUUAGGCAAAGUCACCUGUGACGCCGAAGGGGUGUUUAUACUCAUGUCCAGACCAAAUUUCCUACAGAUGAACGUGCCUGCUAACGAUGAUGGGAAUGUUUUUUUCCAAAAACUAAGUCGCACUGCUUGAAGAACUACUGAAACGCAUACUGUAGACCAUUCGAAUUGCACGAAAAGGGCCUAAUUCCUAGCUCUUUUUGGAGGCCAAGUACCCAGAGUCAUCGUCUAUAAAAGAAUGCAACAAAUUAUUCGAUACUCUUUCGAGAGGGAUUUCUGGGUAGGAUUAGAGCGACCAAUCAUCGGCAAGACACAUGAAGGAAAAAUUUCGUAAAAUUGAAGACUAAACACAGUCUUACCAAAAUACCCCAAAAUGAGAUUGCAGGCCAAGUAUGGAACACAUGAUGCAAAAAUUGUAUACACUGGCUACCUGAAUAUAAUCAUUCCUCUGAACGGUCUAGGCAACAACACGCAGAUCCACAGUAACCCUCAGGUUUGGCCGAUACCGUUUGCUCAUUCUUUCUUCUCUGGCUGUCUCACGCACUUUGCCUUGAGUCCGCAUAUUGGUUUUGACAAUAGUAGAAAGCGUACCAUUCUGUUUCUCCGCCUAACCCUUGAAAUAAUUUUCUUAGCCUAAACAUCCCAGGAUAUUAUUAGGCUGUGAUCUUAGCGUCAUAUCUGUGCUGCAUUCAGUGAAGACAAGUUAUUUGAGUAUGGCGUCAAAUGGGUUGCGCCAUGGCAUAAGCAAUAAAAAAGGCUCUAAAAACCCAGCCGCAUUUUUAAGUAAUCCAUCCUUUAAAUGACUUAGUUUCACAAAUGUCAAAAACGUUGUAGACACCGACUGAAAUAAUUCUCUUCUGUUUAAUUACUUGAUGCUGUCACAGAUAAGACAGCUGAACUGCAGCAACGGGAGGAAGGAAACUUGGCGGUGGCACUUGGGAUUUUACAGUAUUGCACAAAAUCAUUACGCGGGCGUAGAAAAAUUCUGGAGGGAGGUGGUUUCGGUUGCUGCCCUGGGAUGAUGUCGAGAAACGCAAAACUGCUUAAAUAUUACUGGAAAAAUCGGUUUACAUUGGCCUUUGAAUACUGAAAAGAACAGAGCGCAUACGGGUCUCUGCAUUUUGAGACAGCGGUUGGCCUGAGGAUUUAAUGCCGCUUCAGUAAGAUUUAAGGAUCUUUGCUUUUCAAUCCCGAAAACCCAUUUCUGAUAAGCUGUCCUUUAACCAGACUUUUCAAACUUGUGUCUUUCACCACCGGAGAAUGGAAAGCGCGUAGUGCUUUCUUACGCGCUCCACGUCCCCUGGGCUACUUACCUUGAUUGCAUCUGAAGGUUAGAAGUCGUACGAAGGCAAACUGCUUAGACAUCUGCAAAUUAAAAUUCAUAAAAAACAAACAGGUUUAAUCAUGUUUGUGAACUACAACAUGCAGAAUGCUCAAAAUGAGUCUUUGCGCGUGCGAGAUGCUGUUUGAAGUUUCAAAUAUUCGGCGCAGGUUUUGUUUAAAAACACCGGGCAGUUGAACUGAAGGGAUAAAUAUGUCUUGGAAUAUGCAGUGCUGUGUGAGAAUUAUGAUUUGCAAAGUAUAUGUGUGCAGAAAAUUUGGGUCGCGGAUUUCACGUUAGUUCCACUCCUUACUUCCGCUCUCUAUCAUAUAUAAUACGAAUCCCGUUUGCAUCCAAGGAUGGGCAGAUAGCCGAAGGCUUCCCAUGUUGGUAGGCUCCCAACGGUAUAUUAAAAGUAAUCGCGACAUCACUGAUAGCCAUAUUUGUUGUUCGGAGUCCUUAAGUGGCCGUACUUGAAACGGCCCCAGUUUCAGCUUUUAUUUUUGACAUGAAACUGUUCCCGAGGCUGAGUUUGCGAAACAGGAGGCCGACUAAGAUCAUCUGAGGCAACUUAUUUGUGACCUUCAGCAAUAUAUGUGGCUCUCACAAUCUAUACUUAGAAGCAAUUACUUGAUAUAGUGGGUGAACAAGCUCCAUCUAUGUAUCUCUUUGUGCAAACACUCACUGUUCACAUUUUGCCGCCGUUUAAGGAAAUUUAAAUCUGCAUGAUCUCCUGGGUAAUAAGUUGUCACACAUUCCUUUUGGUAGGAAUCCGAUCCAGUAACCUUUCGCCUUUCUAUUACUAGUGGGGAUCAAUCCGGUGGUCGUCUGUCUUCUGUGAGAAGUACUAUAAUUCAAAGAAAUAGGGAACCCGUUGUGAAUACGUGCCAUUUGAUAAGCCAAUUGCAUCAAUAUUUAAAACUGGCCGGAUUACUAACUCCCAAGCAUAAACUUUAGACAUUUCGUAGUUUUUGAUAGAAAAUAUUUUCUCGAGUUUUGGUGAAUGUGGUUUUGCAAAAAUCAACAAAGUAUUUCCUGGCACCUCUCGUCAAUUCCCAUUCGAACAGCAAGUUUAAGUAAGUCGAAGUGAACUUGCAAAGCAUUGUUUGCUGUUAAUCUUUUAGUACUUCUUCGUGCUACUUUUGGCCGUCUGAAAUAUAGUUCGUUUAAAUACACGUUACUGAGCCCAUGAUUUCCACCCAUACAGUCUGUCCAACGAUCAUGAUGCCAUAGGUUUGGGCAAACAACUUCGAUAAGGUUGCAAAAAUCGAGUCAGUUUUUUGAAUGAGAGUGUAAAGCAGAAAUUACGAGUGUUUACAAUGUUCUGUUGAAAGAGACUUUGGUAUAGUACUGAGUAAUAGGAAUGGUCAAAAGAUGGAUGCCCCACAGAUUUAAGACCUCUUAAUGUGGCAGCGUCUCUUCGCACGUGGACCAGGAACGUGACAUAACAGAAUAUCCUGCCGUGUUUUAUGUUAAUGCUGUUAUCAGCAGCGACCUUGGAGUGACAGCAACGCACAGAGUAGCACUUGCAAGUCGACUCAUCCCCAAAACUAAUAAGCCGCAGCCAAUUUUUUGCCGUUUACGAAUUCCAACAGGGGUGCAGGUGGCACAUUUUUAGCAGGCCCAUAUUUCGACGUAAGGUGCAAGACGUCUGAACGGUAAAGAAGUCAGAUGACGCUCAAAAGAACGAAAUUCUUGGUUAAUGACUGUACGCGGCUCCUCUAGCCUACUGUAAAAAAUGAAGAAAGAAGAGGUAGUGGAGGGAAGGCUACGCACUACAGGCGAAAAGGUCAGUAUCGUAUCUUUAACUAAGGGACUGUCAAGUGGGAUUUUGCUUCGUUGUUAUCACAAAACUACAAGUCUUAAAAUUAUAAAGUGCUCUUUUCUACUCGUUUAUCAAAAGCUUCCAGGAAAACCGCCGUUGACAAAAAACCCCAAGAAACAGAUGAUACGAUGGGCCGGAGGUCACAUCAUCCGACAGAUCUAUGCUAGAGUGUAGUUUUUAAAAUAAAAAAACUCAUUUUUGAUUGGUGCAGGCGGUUGAAAUCAUUAUUGACACGGCUUAUACAUGGAGCUUAAUAUUUGCUCUGGACUAUCGCGUGGAAGUGCGAAGUUUUUAUUACGCAUACGACGUUAGAAUAGGUCUUUUUACUGGGAAAACCGAGUACCCGGGAGCAUUUUCAGACCCUUUUUGCCCAUAUACUGCAAUUUUUAAGACAAAACAACGAUAAGCAUGUUAUGUUUCAACAAGGCGCCUGUAUCAUAUAUGCAUACAGCCAGGUGGACGAAACAGAGUCUCAAAUGGAACCGAACAAUGACUUGGCUAUCGCUGGGCUGCAGUCGCAGCUCAUAUGCAAAUAUACGGAAACCAUUGUCCAGGUGUGAAUAUUGCAACAGUAGAAAUCGCCAGUCAAGACUACUCCACACUAUUCGGCAUGCAUGGACUCCCUUUACUGAAAGGGAAUUUGAAAGUUUGCUGCAUAACACGAACUCAAGUUCUAUUGAAAUUCUGAAGUGGAAAGGUGGUUAUAUGUGCCUGAAAAUGUAAGUCGUGUCAUUGUAGUGCGAGUGACUUUAUAGUCGUGGUGAGGGCAUCUUUUGACCGUUUUCACCAAUUACUAUUUUACUAAACCUCUUUGUUAUAAAUCCUCCUUUGCACUAUAUGCUGUCACCUUGACUUUGUCAUGCAAAAAGUCGGAUGCACAGAAUUUGGUCCGAAACGAGCUGCUAGGCAAUAGUGGGACAGAUUGCGGUCAGAAAAAAAGGCCAUCCGAAGUGCAUCUAGGCGGGAAUUAUUAAUGACCUCCGCGUGUGCACUUGACGGCUUUUAACCUUAGAUAUACUGCCAUUCGCUCUCUUAAAACCGCUACCACCGGCUGACCUGGACCAAAUAGUCCACGCUUGCACCGCGAAGCGUGAAUACCUAGGUCGUUGCUAGAGGACGAUUUUUAAAGAAUUUCAAAUGACUCCUGAACCUAUAUUAUAUAAAGGCCCUGCUGUAAGCACUAACAAGAGGGCAUUUAAUGGUGCAUAAGAUGCCCAUAUAAAAGCGCAUUAGGGGACUGGAAGAUAACUGUACAGAAUGCCUCGUCCUUCUGCUGAUAACCCAAAGAUCAUCGAGGUUUUUUAUUGCACCCACAAUUGAAUUCAAACGGCCACGUGAAGCAAGGGAAAAGUCCAUGGUUUAGAUUUAAGGCCUUUCCAGGCUUUCUUCUCCCUCGUUGCAUAAUCAAGCAUCAAGCUUAUCAUUCCACUGGAAAAUAUGCAGACAGCAGACGUUUUCGAUACCAUUGUCACAUAUGAUUAGCUGCCUGUAUUUUCUUACUUCUAGCAUUUCGCUAAAGGCGGUUUUAGCCGGAGAAAAGAACUUCACUUUUUAUGUCAGUGUGAAGUUUUCAUUCUUGGACAUUAAGAAAUAGCACAUGUCUACCGAUCUGGUAAGCCACUGCGAAACUGAGAAAUUCCUAGAUAGGCUGGUGGAAGCGUAGCAUUUGCAAUCUGUAACAAUAUCGGACGUUGAAUAAAGUCCUAGGCAUAUUCAGAAAGACUAAUUCUGCCUGCCUGCCUGGCUGGCUGAGAACUACGUCGUUCCGCGCAGAUACGGAUAUUGGAACGGCUUUGCACAAAUGUUUGCUUGAAAUAAAUGGGAUCUUACGCUUAAUAGAAAGACAGUAAUAGAUCAUGCAACGAUAGAAACUUCAAACGCAGCCUGUCAAUGAGAUCGUUAAUUUAUUGUCUAUUUAAAGGUCAAAAUUCUUAGUGACGUGUAGACCUCAUGUGGUACCAGCCAUCCAAGAGAGCCCUACCGGCUUUCUCCAGGUACAGUCCUACAAACUUUAAUUUUUGUCCCUGGGAGAUCGUAGGAAAUGCUUACUUGAAAACUCUGGCAUUACGCGAAACACUUUCGCCACAGAGCUUUCUCGUGUACCGAGCUUCUAGAGCACUACGAGUUUGGUGAUGUGGUUGGACUUUACCUAAACUACUGGCGAUGAAAUGAGCAGAUUUCUGCUCAAAAACAGUUACUAUAUGAGUAGGAGACGGGUACCACCAAAAACGUAGAUAAAGUGACUAGGUUCUUAUUCGAAAUUUUUGUAAAUUCCAACCAGUCACUGACAAAUGAGUCAACUAAAGAAUUAGCAAAUACAAGGAAAACCCCGUUUCCCACUGUCGGUGCUCACAGAUAGUGCAGAGCGUGGAUCCGCCCGCCAAGCUGUAAGGUAACAGAGAGGUGGGUGCUUUAUCCAUGGCAAUUUUCAUAAAACUCCUUGUGUUACAACUAUCUAGAUUUGAUGACCGCGUAAUUGGCCAAAUCAAUUAACAAGCUGACUCAAAUUCAUAAAUAUGCGGUGCUAUUUACAAAACGCAGCCAGCUCAUUGCGUAGAUCAGGUUCCAGAUUUGAGAUGGUCCGGUAACCCUAACCUUCGUCAAGAUAGAUACAAGCAGUGUCAAUCUACUGCCCACAUGAGCGCUAGUAUGGUUCCCUACCUCUAAUGCGUGGCCUAGCUCAUGAAAUCUUGACCGAGAUUUUGAAAUGUGUCUUCGAUUAUAAAGGGCUACUUGGGUACAGCGCAAUCCAAUAAUACUUCAGUCACGCAGAGAUAUCAGCUUCUGAAUAAGAUCCUUUCGGGCCACCUACGAAAGCCAAAUUCAAAAAAAUGACUACUGGAGCAGAAUGCAUUUUUCAUUGGUUUUCGACAGCCGUGUAAAUUGCGAUAGUUAUUUUGUAAGACAUACGCAUGAAUGCUUUUUUAGCUCAUUUUGCAAAAAAUUACGUCUUUUUAAAAAUAUAUUUCUUUAAAAAGAGUACUGGUCUGUUCUGAAGACUUUUUUAAAUUCCCAAACAAUUUUAACCUGACUUGUGCAUAUUGCUUCCACACUACAUGGUGCAUAAUUUCCACAUAAGUAAAGUUAUGCAGUUCUCUAAGCUAUUAAGACUUCCACACACGAGGUCUAAAAUAUUUGCAAUGGGUGUGGUCAUGUUGGAAAUUCCAUGGGAAGCAUUAAUAAAUACGCAGGCAUGAUGCCUUAGGAAUGGAUAUUUUGAAUCUUAAAAAUCUCAUAAUGCAAAAAUGUUUUCUUCGGAUGUAGAAUGUGACGAAGCCGGGAUUUUCUACCAAAUAAAUGCGAGGCAGAACACUUCUGAUUUCGUUUCAUAAGGCCUUUGAAAUUUCAUUAGAAGCAUUGACACUUUUUGCUCUGCUCCUUUUAUAAGUACCUGCAGUUUGUUCAGGAACACGAUAAAUGUAUACUGACAAUGUCAUACAAAACAAAUUUCCUUAUCUUGAGAAUUAUACUUUUCAUAGAGGCUACUGUUGACAGUAGGGUCAAUUCUAGUUUCCCUCCCACGCUUCUUGGCCCUGUUUAAAUGCAAGCUAAAAAGUGAUCCUGAAUUUAAGUCAGAGGAUGGCGGCGAAAUAGCAUGGGUGACUGAGGGAUUAGUGAGAUAAUGCGUCCAUAACUGCGACGGUCGCUGAAAUAGGUGCAUCUUCAGAUUACCCAGCGUGACCUGCCUCCGACAAAAAGUGCCUAAGUCCUUAGCCAGGUCGUUAUAGCAGAAUGACCACUGUAGGCCACUAAGUGCUAAGCCAACAAAAAUCCAAGACUUUAACUGGAAGAGCUUGACCCGCCAAGCGACCGGAAAAUCUUGAUUCUUAAGAAGACGCCCAAGGAUGCGGAAUAGGUUACAUUGUGCAUCUGUAAGGCUCCCCCUAGUUUGCGCAAAUUAAUGAAGCCCGUUGAAAAAUGUGCACUUUUAGGAGAAACAUUUGGAAUUCAGCUUGGUUUUGAGUCAGUUUCAAUUGCUCCAAAAUGUCGAAGCUUUUUAAUUGAGUUAAACCAAUCACUAGUAGGGUUCUUCCAUGUUUUUCAUCUAGCAAAUAUGUAGUUAUCUUUUGCAUUAGAAAGUAAAUCAACCUUCGCGUUUCUGAUUUCGCACCAUGCGUUGUCUAUCCAAUCAGUUUUUACCCACACGAAGUUAGAUACUUGCUUUAUGAUGUCAUGUCAUUUGAUGUGCUAUCAUUUUUGCAACAGUAACUUAUAUCCCCACGGCAAAUAAAAUUAUUAGAAUUCGACGCAUGCGAAAACGGUAUGCUCCAUAGAAAACCAGAAGGAUUCUGAACCAACUUGGGCUUUUAAAUAAGGGCAUUCCCUCCUAGGCUUCUAAGGAAAUGUGCGCUUUGAAAAGAGUCUCAUUUAAAAUCUUUUCAUUCUUACGUACGUUGUUAGUAUUUUUAAACCAUCAUGACCCUUAAAUGUGACCUGUACACUUGCGUAAAUAAAGUAUCCCACCAUUAAGUAGCUAGAACUUGGCUUAGUCGCCAUCUUAUGGCUGGUCUGUGUUAGUUCAUUUCUGUGUUUCAGAUGGUUCAUGUGGGAACUGUUUUUAUGGAAGUCCGCCUAUCUACUUAGGAACUGUCCUCAUAGAUAUGAGAUUAGCUGAGGGUAGACCGCUGUCAACUACUGCCCACCACCUGAUUCUGUCUCCUGGCCGAGAUCUUGAGUCGCUCUCAUAAGCUUAGAUAGUGUUUUCAUGUAGAAAGUUUUGCGCAUUACGACACAUUACCACAUGACUAGGUAACUUAGGAUAUUAAUUAUUUUGAUGAUUUUAAUAGUAGGUUCAGGAUAAACGUCAAACAUCGGCAAAAUAACUUUUGAACACGAUUUAUUUUGUUAUAUGCAGACACCGUGCAUUCACUCAAAACGAUUUUCGGCCCGCACUUUUCCAAGUCUGUACAGUGGCAUUUUCGCAGUACUCAACUGUUUACAGUAGUUUUUUAUCUUCUCGCCUAAGAAGUCAUCUAUUCAAAGUCAAACUUGGCUGAAGUUUCUUUCGUAAGCCCGGUAAAAUGUCAGCAAAUGUUCUGCAAAAAUGCGAUAGUCCUAAAAUAGGCGUUAAGAUUUGACUCCUCUCUUGUCCUCUACUGCGCUUUCUUUCCUUGACACAACUAAAGGAUUUUUGAAUCGCCAUAUAUAGAAGGAAGAACUUGAAGUAUACUUUUUGGUCUCGUUGUAAACAAAAACUGCUUAAGUUGAUAAUUCUGAGCCUUCUAAUAAGAGUUAUAGUGAAAAGCAAACUGUGCAGGUCCAAGGUUUUAGUUUUUUCUCGGUACUUUUUAAUUUGUGACCUAAAUCACGUUUAUAUCUCAAAGGUGCACCAAAACAUUCUUCGAGUAAUUUGACGUCUAAGCCUUCUGAAGUAAAUUUAAUCGCUAAUGGCCGGAUGUGACACCUUAAAAGAUCAAGGUGAAACAGCAAAAUUUUUUCAAAUAAGAGGGACCGCAGAAUAGAUUUCAAGUAUUAGCAUACUUCGCGCAUAUUUACAAUUUCGCUGCGGGUUAGUAUCUAUUCCUAAACGUUCUGUUUAUAAAGUGACCCUUUUUAUCCCUUUUAAGUGGCCUUUUAGGCUAUGGAAUGAGAUGAAAUUUGAAAACCCAAAGCACAUUUUUCGUUCAAGCAACGGUACGUUAAUUUGGGUACAGAAAGGCCUCUCCUCAUGAACCGCACAGCCAAAGCUUUGUGAGGGCCUUUAGACCGAAUAGGUCCAGAUCCCGUAACUGAAACGUUCUGACUUUCACAAUCGUUUAUGAAAGGUAAACUUAGUGUAAUUUUAAUGUAGCUAGCCAGUCCUAGAACAGGAAGCAGGAAAUAGGUCUGAGUUAAUAAUAAUGUCUCGUUCGAAACAAGUUAACAUUUAAAAUCGAAGAGCAGAAUAUGUUGCAGAUUUUCACUUUCCAAGACCGCUCCUCCAGUUGCUACCAAGCCCUUUCAUCAAAAUGAAACUUGACCGAGAGAAUCAGAAGAAACACAGAAUAUAAGAGAGCGUUGCGAUGAUAGACUGAUAACUAAAAUGCAGAUUCAUGCAAUACUUCAGUCAAGCUGAUUCACUUUCUCAUUCGGUAGCCGCGUAGAUGACUAUUGCUAUAAGGCUGUUAAUUCGUCGAGUCCUCCUCCUCAGCUAGUCGUUCAGGUCAAUUUCUUUAAUUCUAAUUGUCUGAGGCCCGCCGUUCCGAGUCUGGUUCCCUCUCAGUCUAGUACACGAUUACCUACUCCAGUUUGCUUAUCUUUAAUAUCAAAAAUACCUGUUUGUUGAGUCCAUUAAAUCUGUAUGCGUUCAUUCCUCUGUGUUAGAAAGUUGUUUUAAAGUAAGCGGACCUUCGUAGUAUGCUACGUCAGAAGUGUGGGGGGGGCAAGAUAGUUUGUGCAUCUCUGUGGAAGUUUAAUGCUAGGGUCUUUUUUGUAAUUUAGAAAACAUAUCAAUUCAUGGAUGUCUUCAGCUGGUGGAUGUGCGCCGACCGGGUGUCAGUUUUCCUCAAAGGCCUGAGCUCUUUGUCCUUCUCUGUUCCACUCUCCCGCUCAUUUUCUCAACGUUAGCUCGACCCAUUUUCUGGCCGUAUCAUCCGCGUUACUAUCAAUUCAUCAACGAGUUGGGCUUUAUGCAAGCACGUCUCUUCUUCGAUCUCUUUACGAGGACAGCCUCAGUCUACCACAUGGUUUACUGGGCCUACCGAAUGCCCAUAAUUCGAUUUAUUUGGCGGACUUAUCUACGAUUCAAGGCCUUUAGGGCGGUUUGGACGAAAGAACACAUCAUUGAAGUGCUACAGGACAAGUUUGCGCCACCCAAAGACACACGACUGCAGCGAGCCUUUCAAAACAAUCCCGAGUACAUGUACUUCUAUGCCCAGUUCCUGCAGUCGGGUUUGCCUAUGCAGUACUUGCAGCUGCUCAAUAAAUCUGGCGCCCGUAGCCCCGCGGACAUGUCCAACGCCGGUUUUGACGGAUUGCCGCUGCCAGGACAACCGGGCAGCAGUAGCAAACACUCGCCCAAACGAACAGGCUCUGAUUCCAAAUCCGACGUCCUGCAACGCGUGAAUCUGGGUAACCUGAUGGUGCCCGGUUCCGAGACAAGCAAUCAACGGAGCUCGGAGUACUCUCCUUUCCUCGGCACACCUUCCCCUAGUAUGAGCAAGAUGCAGACGAGUCCGAUGUUGCAUAUCCCCUCCACACAGCUCUCGCGAGGACCCAGUUUCAAGGGCUCUCAACAAGGUCGUUUUUCACCCGGCAUACCCUCAUCCGGUGGAGAUCAGAUGGACAAGGCUUUUGGUCAACACCUCUCUCCUGACGAUGCUCUCCUAAUCAAGGAUUUCAUGCGUCCUAGCAUAGACGGUCGCGGAUCCUACUCUCCAGAUUCACGAAUUACCAAAUUUCCCAGUCAAGACUUCUACCCAGCCAUGCUGGCUGGCUUUGACACCCUGGAUACGCCAGAUAAAAAGAAGGAGGAGGAGGUAGUGAAGGCACCGCCACCCACACGUGAAUUUGUCUAUAUCUGUAAGCAUGCACUGCCCGGCGUAAUAUAUAUUCUCUCCCUGAUCAUCACCUUUCCCUCCAUCUUUGCCAUCGACACUUACCAGUAUGAGAGCACGCUGUUGCAAGUUUACUUCUUCUAUGACAUGAUCUUCAUAGUACUCAUGCCCAUGGUGGCGAUCAUUGUGGCCUUCUACCACGGCGCGCUGGCCAAGGUGCAAAUGAAUGGCGGUUUUAAAAUGCGUUUCCGGCUGCGCUGCUACUACGUCAACUUCAUUGUCUUUAACAUCCCCAUGCUUAUCCUCAUGAUGACCAUCACGGGCCUGCGCUGGACCGACAGCCACCAGAUGGAGAACGAACGUUUCGCCACAGGCACAAUCCUAGCAUUAACGGUCUAUCACACUAACUUUGUCAUCAAGUCUACCGCCUACGCCACCGGCUGCAAUUGCAUCUGUUGUUCCGCGGCCUGUCUCCGGCGCUGUCCACGUCUCAACAACUGUAUUGUCAAAAUGACAACGCCCAAGGUAAAAUCAGACCAUCCAUCGGGACCCUAUGGCAGUGGCACUGUCAUUCAAGUAUUGCAGGCGGAGGUGGAGCCGUAG